AUGCAAUUGAGUAAGGCUGCCGAGUUGUGCUAUGAAAUAACAAACUCCUACUUACAUAUACAUCAAAAAUCUCAGAUAAUAGCAAGUACACAAGAAGCAAUACGGUUGACAAGAAAGUACCUACUAAAUGAAAUCUUUGUACGUUGGAGUCCACUGAAUGGGGAAAUAUCAUUUUCAUACAAUGGUGGGAAAGAUUGUCAAGUAUUACUUUUAUUAUACUUGAGUUGUUUAUGGGAAUACUUCUUCAUUAAAGCUCAAAACUCUCAAUUUGACUUCGAGUUUCAAAGCUUCCCCAUGCAAAGACUUCCAACAGUUUUCAUUGAUCAGGAAGAAACUUUCCCCACAUUAGAAAAUUUCGUACUGGAAACCUCAGAGCGAUAUUGUCUGUCUUUGUACGAAUCGCAAAGACAAUCAGGAGCGUCCAUCAAUAUGGCAGAUGCAUUCAGAGAUUUCAUAAAGAUAUACCCUGAGACCGAAGCCAUAGUGAUAGGUAUUAGGCACACGGAUCCGUACGGCGAAACACUAAAACCUAUUCAAAGAACAGACUCUAAUUGGCCUGAUUUUAUUAGGUUACAGCCUCUUUUACACUGGGACUUAACCAAUAUAUGGAGUUUCUUAUUGUAUUCUAAUGAGCCAAUUUGUGGAUUGUACGGGAAAGGGUUUACAUCAAUUGGUGGAAUUAACAACUCCUUGCCAAACCCACAUUUGAAAAAAGAUUGCAAUAAUGUGACUUUACAUUUUGGGUGGGAAAUCAAUCAUGCUUUCAGCAAGAAUGCAGAAGAUGAUCACAAAUCCCUUAUAAACACGUCACCUAUUUCCGUGGUGGAUAAAGAAAGGUUUAGCGGAUACCAUGGCGAUUACUAUCCUGGCUGGUAUCUAGUCGACGACACCUUAGAAAGAGCCGGUAGAAUUAAAAAUUAA